CGAGCGAGAGAGAGAGAGCGAGCGAGAGAACGAGCUGUGAGCUGUGCUGCCGCCGCCGCUGCCCUUUGAUCCCGACAUUAGUGUUAGGGGCUCGGAGACACAGAGCGCGGCCAUAGACACCGCGGCACCGGCGCUCAUUUAUUUAUACCUCCCAUCACACACGCGAGCCCAGGACACACACACACUCACACCUAUUAGAUCCGUUUCCAUUGAAGAAUAUUACGCUCGGGGGACAAGCCAGGUGCACGACCAAAAAAUUAAAAAAAAAAAAAAGGAAAAAAAAAGAAAGGAAAGAAAAGAAGAAAACCCCUCUUCUGGCUCCAGGAAACAAGCUUCAACCCAUUGUACACACCGGAGAGAAGGGGUUUCCCCCUGCCCGCCCGCCCGCCCCCCAACUACCUCCCCGCUCCUGCCAGUGUCUGCCUCUCUGCCCCCACGGGGGUUUAUUUGAUCUCACAUUAACCAAGGAGGAGAAUGUGAGAAAAGGGGGAAAAUGCCCAGGAGGAAGCAGGAGCAGCCCAAGCGCCUUCCCUCACAUGUUAGUAGGCAAGAAGAGGCGGAGGGCGAACUCAGUGAAGGAGAACACUGGUAUGGAAACUCCUCGGAGACUCCGUCCGAAGCAUCCUAUGGCGAAGUCCAGGAGAACUAUAAGUUGUCUCUGGAGGACCGGAUCCAAGAGCAGUCCACUUCCCCUGACACCUCCUUGGGAAGUGCCACUCCCAGCAGUCACACAUUGGAGCUGGUGGCACUUGACGGCGACGUCCUGCGAGACUCCCUGCAGUGUCAAGAUCACCUCUCGCCUGGUGUGUCCUCUCUGUGUGAAGACGACUCCCCAGGGUCCAUGAAACCUUUGAGCAGCAACUUGAGGCGGCUGCUGGAGGCUGGGUCCCUUAAACUCGACGCCACAGCCACGGCCAAUGGCAGGGUGGAGUCCCCGGUAAACGUUGGCUCCAAUCUCUCCUUUUCCCCACCGGCCCACCAUGCCCAACAGCUCAGUGUUCUUGCCAGGAAGUUGGCAGAGAAGCAGGAACAGAAUGACCAAUACACUCCAAGUAACCGUUUUAUAUGGAAUCAAGGUAAGUGGUUGCCAAACUCAACCACCACCUGCGGCUUGUCCCCCGAUUCAGCCAUCCUAAAACUGAAAGCUGCAGCCAAUGCUGUUCUGCAGGACAAAUCUCUCACCAGGACUGAGGAGACCAUGCGAUUUGAGUCCUUUUCCUCCCCUUUCAGCUCCCAGUCUGCCAGUUCCACCUUGGCAGCUUUGUCCAAGAAAGUCAGUGAGAGAAACUUGACUCCUGGUCAGGAACAUCCCCCUCCGGCCAGCCCUUUCCUUUCCCUGGCUUCCAUGACCUCCUCUGCCGCCCUUCUCAAGGAGGUGGCUGCAAGGGCUGCUGGGAGUCUUCUGGCUGAGAAGUCAUCACUGGUGCCUGAGGAUCCCCUACCGCCACUGCCUUCCGAGAAGAAGCAAGAAAAGGUGACCCCGCCACCUCCUCCACCACCUCCACCACCUCCACCACCACCGCCACAGUCCUUGGAAUUAUUGUUACUCCCAGUUCCUAAGGGAAGAGUUUCCAAACCCGCCAGCUCAGCCUCCGAAGAGGAAAGCGGAAAGCCUUUUCAGUGUCCAAUAUGCGGUUUGGUUAUAAAAAGGAAGAGUUACUGGAAGCGGCACAUGGUAAUUCACACAGGUUUAAAAAGCCACCAGUGUCCACUCUGUCCGUUCCGGUGUGCUCGCAAGGACAAUCUCAAAUCCCACAUGAAGGUUCACCAGCACCAGGACCGGGGAGAGACCUUCCAGUGCCAGCUGUGCCCUUUCACGUCCUCACGCCACUUCAGCCUGAAGCUCCACAUGCGCUGCCACCAGCACUUCCUGAGGACAGAAGCCAAGGUGAAGGAGGAGAUCCCAGACCCAGAUGUCAAGGGAUCUCCCCACCUCAGUGACAGUGCCUGCCUGGGGCAGCAAAGGGAAGGAGGAGGGACAGAGCUAGUGGGGACCAUGAUGACGGCCAACACUCCAGAGAGGACUAGCCAGGGUGGGGCUGGCAUCUCGCCUUUGCUGGUGAAGGAGGAACCCAAGGAAGAUAACGGCCUGCCAGCCUCCUUUACCCUGAAUGCUGCCGACAGGCCGGCCAACCACACAAAGCUGAAAGACCCCUCCGAGUAUGUGGCCAACAGUGCGUCAGCAUUGUUCAGCCAGGACAUCUCUGUUAAGAUGGCGUCUGAUUUUCUCAUGAAGCUGUCAGCCGCAAAUCAGAAGGAGCCCAUGAAUCUUAACUUUAAAGUGAAGGAGGAGCCUAAGGAAGAGGAGGCCCUCAGCACCUCCUUGCCUCGGUCGAGCUACGUGUUCAGCCCGGAAUCUGAAGUGUCAGCCUCCAGCGUCUCUGAGGACACACUUAAGCCCCAGGAAGGGAAGGGGAGUGUGCUGAGGCAGGACAUGUCCGUCAAAGCAGCGUCAGAACUUCUCAUGAAACUCUCAGCGGAAAGCUACAAGGAAACCCAGAUGGUGAAGAUUAAAGAGGAGCCCAUGGAGGUUGACAUCCAGGACUCGCAUGUCUCCAUAUCACCCAGCCGGAAUGUUGGCUAUAGCACUUUAAUCGGGCGAGAGAAAACCGAACCCUUGCAGAAGAUGCCAGAGGGCAGGGUUCCCCCAGAGAGAAACCUCUUCAGUCAGGAUAUCUCCGUGAAGAUGGCCUCCGAGCUCCUGUUCCAACUGUCAGAAAAAGUGAGCAAAGAGCACAAUCACACAAAAGAAAACACCAUCCGGACGACCACCAGCCCUUUCUUUUCAGAAGAUACAUUUAGACAAUCACCGUUCUCCUCCAACUCAAAGGACUUGCUGCCCAGUGACUCUGUGCUUCACGGAAGAAUAUCGGCUCCAGAAACAGAAAAACUCGUGCUAGAGGCAGGCAAUGGGUUGCCGUCCUGGAAAUUCAACGACCAGCUCUUUCCCUGCGACGUGUGUGGGAAGGUUUUUGGCCGACAGCAGACAUUGUCCCGACAUCUCUCACUGCACACAGAGGAAAGAAAAUACAAAUGCCACUUGUGCCCCUAUGCUGCUAAGUGCCGUGCGAACCUGAACCAGCACCUGACCGUCCACUCGGUGAAGCUGGUGAGCACAGACACUGAGGACAUUGUCAGCGCCGUCACCUCUGAAGGCAGCGAUGGGAAGAAGCACCCUUAUUAUUACAGCUGUCAUGUGUGUGGAUUUGAGACCGAGCUCAAUGUCCAGUUUGUCAGCCACAUGUCACUCCACGUGGACAAGGAGCAGUGGAUGUUUUCCAUCUGCUGUACCGCCUGCGACUUCGUCACCAUGGAGGAAGCAGAGAUAAAGGCUCACAUCAGCACUAAGCACACAGGGGAAGACAUGAAGACCCCGAGUGAAUCAAACAGCCCCUCAUCAUCCUCCCUGUCUGCUCUGAGUGACUCUGCUAACAGCAAAGACGACUCAGACAGCUCCCAGAAAAACAGGAGCGGGAACAACCUGCUGGUCAUCUCCGUCAUGCCUGGGGGCCAGCCCUCACUGAACAGUGAGGAAAAGCCCGAGAAAGGGUUCGAGUGCGUUUUUUGCAACUUUGUCUGCAAGACGAAGAACAUGUUUGAGCGCCACCUGCAGAUACACCUCAUCACCCGGAUGUUUGAGUGUGACGUGUGCCACAAGUUCAUGAAGACUCCCGAGCAGCUGCUGGAGCACAAGAAAUGCCACACUGUCCCCACCGGUGGGCUCAAGUGCCCAUUCUGCAUUUACUCCACCAACCGCCCCGCUGCCAUGGAGUGCCACCUCAAGACCCACUACAAGAUGGAGUACAAGUGCCGGAUCUGCCAGACGGUGAAGGCCAACCAGCUGGAGCUGGAGACGCACACCCGGGAGCAUCGCCUCGGCAACCACUACAAGUGCGACCAGUGCGGCUACCUGUCCAAGACCGCCAACAAGCUCAUCGAGCACGUGCGUGUGCACACCGGGGAGCGGCCCUUCCACUGUGACCAGUGCAGCUACAGCUGCAAGCGCAAGGACAAUCUCAACCUGCACAAGAAGCUGAAGCACGCCCCACGCCAGACCUUCAGCUGCGAAGAGUGCCUGUUCAAGACCACACACCCUUUCGUCUUCAGCCGCCACGUCAAGAAGCACCAGAGUGGGGACUGCCCCGAGGAGGACAAGAAGGGCCUGUGUCCAGCCCCCAAGAAACCAGCCGGUCCUGGGGCCCCGCUGCUCAUCGUCGGGAGCUCCCGGAACCUCUUGUCUCCCCUGUCGGUCAUGUCCGCCUCGCACGCUCUGCAGACCGUGGCCUUGACGGCUGCCCACAGCAGCAGCUCGGAGCCCAACCUGGCACUCAAGGCUUUGGCCUUUAAUGGCUCCCCUUUGCGCUUCAACAAGUACCGGAACUCGGAUUUCGCCCAUCUCAUUCCCUUGACGAUGUUAUACCCCAAGAACCACUUGGAUCUCACAUUCCACCCUCCCCGACCUCAGACCGCGCCUCCCAGCAUCCCCUCACCCAAACACUCCUUCCUCGCCUACCUGGGACUGCGAGAAAGAGCGGAGACUGUCUGAGGGCAGCCGUGUUCUGUACCAAAAACGAAGGGACAGAGACAGAAAAACCCACAAAACUUAAACACAACCCCAGCAGGUGUAUGUUGCUGCAAAACCUACAGACCCCCCGAGGGUCUGAACCACGUGUACUGUAUAUCUUUAGUAAGGAAUAGAGAACUGGCUCCGUGUGUAUACCUAUUGCAUUGACCUGAAAGCUGCUUUAUCCACCCUACAGAGAGGUGACCUACUGCGUACAUCUACCUUCAGAGGCAUGCCUCCCCAGCACCCACACCCACUCUCAGCCCUUCUCCAUACUUUAUCUGAAAGGAAUUUUGUCUUGUUAAACCCUAAAGCGAGUGUCCUUAAUAGCAAUCAGCACUUGUAAGCAUAUAUACUGGUGCAUUUUGUUUUCUGUUGGGUGAGUGGGGUGUGCGGGCGUUUGUGGAUUCUGAAUGAGAAAGCCGUGUGUCGUGUGCCAUGAGAUUUCUAUUGCACAGUUUUUGUCCUGGCUUCUUUCGCAGCGAUGAACAUGCUGUUCCCUCCUGGGUUGUUCAUCCACUGCAAUCUCUCCCCGAGCUCCUCCUUCCCCUUCCCCCGUUUUACGGCUACAGAGUGGUAGGGCCUGGUGCUUGGUCGAUGAAGGAAUGGUAGCCGCCCACGGUGCUGCUGGGGAUUUCCGGCAGAGGAGACCUGGUGCUCGGACCUUUGCAGGUGAGGCAGGCGCGAGACAGCCAGAGUCCGACCUGGAGGGGAUACCCUGCAGCACCGAGGCUGACACCACAAAACCUAAGUGUGUGUUGUGUUCAUACGUACACAACGUGUGUGGCACACACGCGGCGCCUCGUUUUUUUUUAAGGGCAGAUUAUAUAUAUAUAUAUAAAAUGAUGUAUUAAUUCAGUGGUUACCAUUUGUUUGCAGGAAAAAAAAAGUGUGAGUGAAAAAAUUUUAUGGUUGAUAAAUCCAGCCAAGGAGAUUAAAAAGGGUUUGGAUCAAUUCUGGGUAUAAAUGCUCAGACUAAAAAAAAAGAAAUGGCAGUUUUGCACAGUGCUUUGGUCUUGCACUAGUCUUUGUUUCUCAUCUGCAAAAAAGGAAAAGAAGUAAAACGAAAGGAGGAAAAUGUACCUUUUCUAUGGAACGAGUAGAUUCUCUGUUUGGAAAUCUUGUCACAGCCUCGUUGACAUGUACCCACCCACCCACCAGGUGCUGUCAGGUCCCACAGCUCUGUCCCCGCCCCGAGAAGUGCCCGCUGUGUUCGCAGGUCGCAGGCUCUAGUGCUAGUCAGUUUCCACAUUAUUGAUGAUUCUAUAAUCCAUUUCAUUAACGCCUGGUAGAUGUAACCUGCUAGGAGGCUAACUUUAUACUUAUUUAAAGCUCUUAUUUUGUGGUCAUUAAAAUGGCAACUUAUGUGCAGCACUUUAUUGCAGCAAGAAGCAGAUUGAUUGGUUGCAUGGCCCUUUGCUCAUCUUUAAAAGUAAUGGGCGAUUUAAAAAGAAGAGAAAGAAAAGAAUCUUCGGCUGAAUAUGUGAAUGGCUUGUAUUUUUUAAGACAACAGAAUUUCCUGUACGAAACAGGCUGAAAGAGCAAAGACAUGUGCUUUGUACAGUGAUGGGAAGUUCAGAAUGUAAAAGUUUAUGUAUUAUUUAUCUGUUGAAGAACUGGUGGUGUGCAGGAGCAAUGCUUCUUACUGCGCUGCUGUUUCCCAUCAGGUGUUGUCCUACAGGUGGGAUUUUUUUUUCAUCUGUUUCACCAGGGGAAAAUGAAAGCAACCCUGAUUUUCUCCCUCUAGUCAGUCCACUUCACUGAGAGCCCCCUGAAAGGGGUACACAGUUGUGCAGGAAACCAGAAGACUGUACCUCCUGUCCACACCGUGGUUCCCCGCCACACACCCCCUCCCUCCCCCAGGCCCAGCGGGUCUGCUACACUUCUUCCCUUUGCCAGUCACCUGGCCCUGGCAAACCUGUUUACACUAAGGAGACGCCCCGGGGGCAGGGAGGCUGAGCCAGCCAGGGCGGGAGGCUCCUGCACCCUCGGCCAUUCUCCAGCAGACUUUUGUUCCCGGCCAUGUUUGAAAUGCCGAUCAACCUCGCCACGUCAAUGUCUCAGUAAAAGACACUACAGACAAUGAUAAUACACUCCAAGAAUACCGGGCUAAUGGGUGGGUUGGUUUUCUUUCUUUUUUUUUUUUAAAGUUAUGUCUUUAUCCCCAUAUAAUGGAGAAUGUGCCACUUGGCUAAUCAUGUGCUUUCAAAAUUACAAGUUCAGUGAGGACAGGGAAGAGGGCCACGGUGACCCCACAGAGGCCAGCAGGAGAGGUUGAAAACCUGAAAGGGUGGCCCUGACCAUGAGGACUGCAGUUUUACAGCCUGCCGCUCGUGCAAUAGGAGGUCCUAGGCUGCAACUCUCAAGAUCAGGAGGGGUGUUGAAGGAGAUUCACUGUCCAAAUACCAUGCAUUUCACAGCUUGCCACUGAACUUGUAUUUGAAUGACUUCAUUAUGCUUAAUGUAAUUGGGCACCUUUUUUAGCACUUUGGAAAGAGUCAUCAAUCUUUCUGGUAAAUUAUAAACGUUUUCUGAGUGAGAAAAGGUGUGUUUGGAGUUUGUUUGACUUUUUAUAUUAUUAUUAUUAUUAUUGUUAUUAAUAAAGAAAAGAUCUACAGCAUUUUUCAGACUCCACUGAGAUACUAUGUACCCCUGAAUUUGGUUUGCCGUUUGAUACUCAGGGAAGGAUGUAUUCUAUGGAAGAGGUCCUUUCCGCGUAAAACACUAACGUCUUUGAGAAAUUCACCUGCCAACUAACAUCAGUUGUUUUCACUAUGCAUUCUUCAAUGAAAGCUAGCUUAUUUUUCCAUAUAGUAAUGCAGUUAGUGUUCUCAGCACUUUCCUUCUUCUGUCCUUUUUUUAACCCCUCAUAUUAUGCUCAGAUGAUCAUACUAUCAAGGUUUGUGUACAUUACUGAAAAUUUGUAUUGUAUAAAGCUUUUUGCAUUACAAGGCUGUACAGGGUCAUUUUGACAGUAACUGGUAUAUUCCUUUGCAUCUUAUGUUGCAUUGCCAAUUUCUAGUGUAUCCAGUUUGGAACUAUAAUAUACUCUAAUUAAAAAAAAAAAAAAGGUUGGCUA